CUCUAGAGCGGGGGUAAGUGAAUCUCUAAGUCGGUUUGGAGUUCCUUGCAGGGGUGCAAAGUGGUUCGGGUUGUGAACAGGUAUGAUAAGGAGACUGGUUUAGCCAACGUCAAAAUGUGUAGUAAUUGCAGAAAGACCCUGUCUUUAGCGUGAGCCUGCUUGGUGCUUUGGGAGCAGCUGACUUGAGUUGGUCCAAGUCCCCGCCCUCGUGGAGCUCAGCUGUCUUGCGGAAGGUUGAUGCGCGCACGUUAAAUUUUAAUUUCGACACUAGUGCGUGUCCCGCCCAAAAGGUUUGAGAAGACUGAACCUGCAAAGCACAGCAGCAGGCUGUCAACUUCCUAAUUGAAUUUGCUUUCGACAAUAUUUUGAAGCAGAUCUGAUAUGCCACUUGAAUUAAUAAAAGAAGUGAAUGGAGUACCUGAGGUUGAGCUGCUAGGUGAAUUAAACAAAGUAGAGUUCAGGUCUCUACAACCAGGUUGUGAUUAUAGCAAGAAAUACAUCCAGGGAAAACUUUCACUUAUUUCUUCUUUAACUUAUGGUGGAAACAGAACAGCUGUUUUGAAGAUUGCACUACAAGAACAAGAAAAUUCAAAUUCAGACACCAACACAGUCAAUGUACUAUUUUUUGGAAAAUUAGCAAAGGACUGUGCAAAAGUUUUCUAUGAAGGGGACACCAUUGCAGUGGCUGGAUUUGCUGUCUUGUCAGCAUCUUCAUCUACAAGCAGAGAUGGUAAACAUUGUUUAUUUUUGAAAGCAUUUGAGGACUUCAAAUCAACUGUUUAUGUUUAUGUUAAAUCUGUAAGAGAUUUUUCUGCAGAAUCAAUGUCUUUGGUUCCAACAACACACUAUAUAUAUACACCCCUGAAUCAACUUAAGGGUGGCACAGUCGUCAAUGUCUAUGGUGUUGUGAAGUUCUUUAAGCCUCCAUAUCUAAGCAAAGGAACUGAUUAUUGCUCAGUUGUAACAAUUGUGGACCAGACAAAUGUAAAGCUAACCUGCAUGCUCUUUAGUGGAAAUUAUGAAGCCCUUCCAAUAAUUUAUAAAAAUGGAGAUAUUGUUCGCUUUCACAGGCUGAAGAUCCAAGUAUAUAAAAAUGAAACUCAAGGUAUCACCAGCUCUGGCUUUGCAUCUUUGACAUUUGAGGGGACUUUGGGAGCUCCUGUCAUACCUCGUACUUCAAGCAAGUAUUUUAACUUCACUGCUGAGGACCAGAAAAUGGUAGAAGCUUUACGUGUUUGGGCAUCUACUCAUAUUUCACCUUCUUCAACAUUAGUAAAAUUGUGUGAUGUUCAACCAUUGCAGUAUUUUGACCUGACUUGUCAGCUCUUGGGCAAAGCAGAAGUGGAUGGAGCAUCAUUUCUUUUAAAGGUAUGGGAUGGCACCAGGACCCCGUUCCCAUCAUGGAGAGUCUUAAUACAAGACCUUGUACUUGAAGGAGAUUUAAGUCAUAUCCAUCGGCUGCAGAAUCUGACAGUGGACAUUUUAGUCUAUGAUAAUCAUGUUCAAGUGGCAAAAUCUCUAAAGGUUGGAAGCUUUCUUAGAAUUUAUAGCCUCCAUACCAAACUUCAGUCACUGAAUUCAGAGAACCAGGCAACGUUGUUAGCUCUAGAGUUUCAUCUCCAUGGGGGUACCAGUUACGGCCGGGGAAUCAGAGUCUUGCCAGAGAGUAACUCUGAUGUGGAUCAACUGAAAAAGGUUUUAGAAUCUGCAGAUUUGACAGCCAGUCAGUGUUCCGAUGCUAUAUGUCAUUCAGAACAGGAGGACAGCCUUCGGACUCUUUCGAGCUCUGGAUCAGUAUCACUGUAUGAAAUAGAAAGAUGUCAGCAACUAUCAGCUACAAUACUUACAGAUCAUCAGUAUUUGGAGAAAACCCCAAUAUGUACUAUUUUGAAACAAAAAGCUCCUCAGCAGUAUCGUAUCCGAGCCAAAUUAAGGUCAUAUAAGCCCAGAAGACUCUUUCAGUCUGUUAAACUCCAUUGUCCUAAAUGUCAUGCACUGCAAGAAGUUCCACAUGAGGGUGAUAUGGAUAUAAUUUUACAAGAGGGUGCAAGUAAGACCCCAGAUACCAAACUACAAAAUACAUCAUUAUAUGAUUCAAAAAUGUGGACCACUACAGAUCAAGGAGAACGAAAUGUGGCUGUUCAUUUUGUAAAAAAUAAUGGUAUUCUUCCACUUUCAAGUGACUGUCUGAUUUUGAUAGAAGGAGGUACACUCAGUGAAAUCUGCAAACUCGCAGACAAGUUUCAUAGUGUAAUUCCUGUGAGAUCUGGCCAUGAAGACCUGGAAGUCCUUGAUCUUUCAGCACCAUUCCUUAUACAAGGGAAAAUUCAUCACUAUGGAUGUAAACAAUGUUCUACUUUGAGACCAAUUCAAAAUCUAAAUUCCCUGGUUGAUAAAACACAAUGGAUUCCAUCUUCUGUGGCUGAAGUACUGGGUAUUGUACCCCUUCAACAUGUGUUUGUAAUGACAUUUACUCUUGAUGAUGGAACAGGAGUAUUGGAAGCUUAUCUCAUGGAUUCUGACAAAUUCUUCCAGAUCCCAGCAUCAGAAAUCCUCAUCAAUGAUGACCUUCAGCAGAGUAUGGAUUCGAUCAUGGAUAUGUUUUGUCCUUCAGGAAUAAAAAUUGAUGCAUAUCCAUGGUUGGAAUGCUUCAUCAAGUCGUAUAAUGUCACAAGUGGAACAGAGCAGCAAAUUUGCUAUCAGAUUUUUGACACCACAGUUGCAGAAGAUAUAAUCUAAUAUUGUCAUUUAGCUUAGCAUAUGUAAAAUAUUAUAAUUUUAGAAAACAUAAUCUUCUGUGAGAUUGUUAUCAAACACAUAGUUUAACUGUAUAGUUUAUCUUUCCAUUUUAACCACAUUUAAUUUUUUUUCCACAAAUAGACAUUAUGUUAUCUUACUGCCUUCUUGUGAGUAAGUUAAAAAUAUUUCUUUGGCUCAAAAUUUCCAGUAUGGUGGUUGCUAGGGGCAUAAAGGAGAAAGGAGAAUAAGUAGGACUGUCUUUGUUUACCCCUAGUAGCCCUUUCAGAGAAAUUGUUCUGAUACUCUACACUAAAAAUCACUUUCCUUAUUGGUUUUUCCAUGCGUCAGCCAGUGAUUUAUCUGCCAGCCUCUAUCUAUACUUGACCUUCUUUUCCUGCCCUGAUUUUUAUAUCAGCAGUGUUAAUGAUUUUAGCAUGGAUAUGGGGUUAGAAAAUGUCCUUACAUUAACUCAUUCUGCUUUUACUAAGUGCGAGGCAUGUAGCGGCUAGUGGUUUGAUUUGGUUUUGUACAACAGAUCUGCUUAAAGAAGUACUCUUGCUGCUUAAAGAGCACUCAUCAGUGCUCUUCUGACUGAUGACAGCACGCUUACAGGACUGAUUCACUUUAGUGUAUGUGGCAGGAUUGCUUUCUUUCAGUGCUGUAAACCAAUUUAGGAUAAAUCUGUUUUUUUAAGACCUGAAUUAUGUACUUCUGAUUGCUUGCGUCUCUACAUGGUAUUAGAAGGUAUUGCAGUCCACCUUGAUCUAAUAAAGCAGUCAGAUUUUACAGUGUUAGUGACUUACUUAUAUUACCUUUUUUAAAAUUGUCUUGUGUAAUAUAUAUCUAUAUUUCAGAUUGAACAUAGAAUGAGAUAUUUAUAUGGUAGUCUACUUUUUAUAUGACAGUGGUUGUGAAAUUUAGAAUCGUGAAUAUUCAGUUUUAUACAAAUAUACAAAUAUUUGUAUAUAUGUAUAGACUUGCGUAUAUUAUUUGGUAAAUACUGAGACAUACAGAUCUACCUAGUUCAAUAUUAGUGAAGAAUAAAUUAAUACACAUAUUA